AUGGCAAAAAGAGCCUUAAUUGAAGCUCGUGAUGAAAUCCGGGAAAAGAAUAGAGUGAUUGAGCAGUUGAAGAAGACCAUUUCACAAAUGAGACAAAGAGUGACAGUGAAUGAAGAAGACGAAAUUGUUAGGCAGUUUGAAGAAUUCUAUGUUUGA